AUGCUAUCACUUCUAACAGAUACCGCCAAUAUGCAAGCGAAGCUGUUCAUGAUACCGUGGAUUAUUGGAUUGGGAGUUCGCGCCCAGAGUCCAAAUUUAGCACAAGGUCUGAUCACCGACCCGAUAGUUGACGCUCAUCAUAGGAAUUUUGUUGAAAUGCUCCGAAGACAGCAGCAAAUUAACGAUGCGCUUCUCAGAAACAAUGGACUCUUUCAACCAAUUCCAUUGGCACACGCGCCAGAUGGUCUGUUACGUCCACAAUUGCCACAAAAUCCCUUUAAUCUUUUCACUCCUCCGAAUUUACAGCUGAGUGCACAAGGCUCCACUAGCAAGCUUGGCUCUUAUGAUAAAAUUGAAGAGAAAGAAGGAACCGUAAAAGUGCCAUCGACAAGCGAUGAAAUUCGAAAAGCGAUUAGUGAAUCAAAGACAGUUGUGUUGAAACAGACGAAUACAACAGCGGAAACAACGACGACUACAACCGAAACUCCUUCAACAACUACGAAAAUCGCUGUGACUCCGACAACAUCACCUACAGUAAUCCAAAGCAAUGAGAUGAAAAUUUUAACGAAAGAGGACGCGGAAGUUCUAGAAUUGUUCAAGAAGCUAAAUUUAAGCAAAGAGGAAACAAAAAGUAUUGUGGAACAUGUUGAGCAAGUAGUUCGAGAAGAACUAGCUAAGAAACUGAAAGAAGCGGAAAUGCUCAAGGAACAUCCGACAAUACAGGGAACAACAGCGAGUAGUACAACCUCUGGUCCAACAACAACAACGGCAACAACAAGCACGACUACUACAACAACCCCUGUUGCAACCACAACGACUAGUCCGAAAUUGAUUCGAAUGCCCAAACAUCGUCUCCGCACUGAAGAAACGGUGAUUGUGCCGAAACACGAGGUGAAGCAUCAUCCGAAAAAGAAGGAGACGUUCAUAUUGGAUGAAUCUGACGAAGCGUUGGCUGGAAGUAUCAAAACAUCACUAACCCAUCUUCCAGUGGCUGUUGUAAAUGAUGAGGAAGAACGCGAGAAAAUUCACGCGGAGGCGUCUCUUCAUAAACGAGUUGUGAUUCCGGCGCCAAACGACGAUAAUGAAGAUCGAGAUUUGCUUGUCGAUUUCGUUACAGGCGCACCAUUGGAUUUGAAUGAGCGACAGGAAAAAGAGAAUAGAGAGUUCCUGCCGGUAACAGUUCAAAGCACAAGCCCGCCAGGAAUUCCUUCGACGCUUCCGACAUUGCCCUCCAAACUUCCUCCUCGACACCCACAGCAUGUUAUGACGAACUUCGAGCGACUCGCUUCCGAUUAUCGUCGUCGUUUGGAAAACACUGGAGACAUAAAUAAGAUUCUGCAGAAAAUUUCCGAAAAUGCUUAUAUAUCGUUAGGAAUCUUGUUCAGAAUGUCUGCUGAAGAAUGUUCUAACCCUCAAGGCUUCUACAGUUAUUCAAGCGAAUCGAGCCGGGAACUGAGCCGAGAAGAUUUAGAAAAACUGGCGAAACAGACAGAAGCAAGCGAAUUUAAAAAGAAAAAACUCGAAAUUGAAGCUCGUAAAAAUUGGGACAAGUUUUAUCACAGAAAUGGUGAUAAUUUCUUUAAAGAUCGAAAUUGGAGUGCCGAUGAUCUGAAGGAGCUAUGCCAUGAUAUUGAUUUCUCGAAGGAAUUAAAAUAUCUAGAAGCAGGGUGCGGUGUAGGAAACAUGCUGUUUCCAUUAGCCGCUGAAAUUCCAAACUUGAAGCUGUUCGCUUUUGAUUUUUCGGUUAACGCAGUCAAAUUGCUAUCGAAACGGGCAGCCGAGCUCAGUCUUUCCGUGGAGAGCGAUGUUGUAGACCUUGCUGAUGGUGAUCUGAAUUCGCCGUUUUCAGAAGAUGUUGAUCUAGCAACAUUGAUUUUCGUCUUAUCGGCAAUUCAUCCCGAAAAACACAGAAUUGCCGUCGAAAAUAUGAAAAAAUUUGUGCGAAUUGGCGGAACGGUGAUAAUCCGUGAUUACGGAGUCAAUGAUCACGCUAUGAUUCGAUUUGGAAGGGAAUCACGGCUUGGUGACCGAUUUUAUGUUCGCCAAGAUGGAACAAGAGCAUAUUAUUUCGAUCUUGAUGAGUUGGCUGAAAUGUUCACAUCUUGCGGGUUUCGUUGCAUUCGGAAGGAGUAUUUGCACCGAAUAACAAUAAACCAUAAAAAGGAUCUACGAGUGCCAAGAAUAUUUGUUCAAGCACGAUUUGUUCGAGAUUCAUAA